GCUAUAAAAUAGCCAGGGAGUUGGAUUCUCCCUUUUUUUUUUGCCUAGCCAAUUUAUGUACUGUUGAGUACUAAUAGGAAAGUUCUAAAUGAAGCUUAUUCACCUGGUGUUUCCUGGCCUGAAAGGAAAUAUGUUAGUUCAUCUGUAUCUGAUUUGGAAUCUGGCUCUUCUUGCUUUUGCGCAGGAUGUGACUCAACAGGCUGCCCAGUUUCUGAUGGAGUUUAAUGCUCAAGCAGAAAACCUAUCAUAUGAGAAUUCACUUGCUUCAUGGAAUUAUAACACCAACAUCACAGAAGAAAAUGCUAAAAAUAUGAAUAAAGCAGGUGCUGCGUGGUCAGAGUUCUACGAUGCUGCUGUGAAAACAGCCAGUGAAUUCGACAUAAACAGCAUUUCUAAUGAGACAAUCAAACUCCAGCUUCUAUUUCUGCAGAACAGAGGUUCAUCGGUAUUGCCCAUCGAAAAACGCAACCAACUGAACACCAUUUUAAAUCAAAUGAGCACCAUGUAUAGUACAGGGACUGUCUGCACGGUGGCUGACCCUUUUACUUGUUUGCCCCUGGAACCAGGCUUGGAUGAGAUAAUGGCAAACAGCACUGAUUAUUUCGAGAGAUUAUGGGCUUGGCAAGGGUGGAGAGCAGAUGUUGGCAAGAGAAUGAGGCCAUUAUAUGAAGGUUAUGUUGAACUGAACAAUGAGGCUGCAAGAGCAAAUGACUAUUCUGACUAUGGAGAUUACUGGAGAGGAAAUUAUGAAGUAGAUUUUCCAGAAGAAUAUCAGUACUGGCGCCCACAGCUGAUUAUUGAUGUGGAAAACACAUUUCAGCAAAUAAAACCUUUAUAUCAGCAACUGCACGCCUAUGUAAGGCAUAACCUACAGAAAGUCUAUGGCUCAGAGCUCAUUAACUCUGAAGGAGGUCUUCCAGCUCAUUUACUUGGUGACAUGUGGGGUCGAUUUUGGACAAAUUUAUAUCCUUUAAUGAUUCCCUACCCAGAUAAACCAAAUAUUGAUGUCUCUUCUGCAAUGGAGGAAAAGAACUGGAAUGUAACAGCCAUAUUCAAAGCUGCUGAGAAUUUUUUUGUCUCAGUUGGACUCUAUGAGAUGACUGAGGGCUUCUGGAACAAUUCUAUGCUGGUGGAACCAAAUGAUGGCAGAAAAGUUGUUUGUCACCCGACAGCUUGGGAUAUGGGCAAAAAUGACUAUAGGAUCAAGAUGUGCACAAAGGUGACAAUGGACGACUUCCUGACAGCACACCACGAGAUGGGCCACAUUGAGUAUGAUAUGGCUUAUUCUCACCUUCCCCUUUUGCUAAGAGGUGGUGCCAACGAAGGGUUCCAUGAAGCUGUGGGAGAGAUCAUGUCACUCUCUGCAGCCACUCCAAAGCACCUGAAAUCCCUUGGCCUUCUAGAGCCCACCUUUCAAGAAGACAAUGAAACGGAUAUCAAUUUCCUGCUCAAGCAAGCCCUCACCAUUGUUGGAACUCUGCCUUUCACAUACAUGCUAGAGAAAUGGCGGUGGAUGGUGUUCUCUGGGGAGAUCCCCAAGGAUCAAUGGAUGAAGAAAUGGUGGGAGAUGAAGCGAGAAAUAGUCGGUGUUGUGGAACCGUUGCCUCAUGAUGAGACAUACUGUGACCCUGCAGCUCUCUUCCAUGUAGCCAAUGACUACUCUUUCAUAAGAUAUUACACGAGGACCAUAUAUCAAUUCCAGUUUCAAGAGGCACUUUGCAAAGCUGCUGGCUAUACAGAUGAGCUUUACAAAUGUGAUAUCACUAAUUCCACAGCAGCCGGUCACACGUUGCGGGACAUGCUUAUGCUAGGAAGAUCGCAACCUUGGACAAAGGCUCUGGAAAGUGUGACAGGAGAGAAAUCAAUGAAUGCAUCAGCAUUGCUUCACUACUUUCAGCCCUUGUAUUUGUGGCUGAAAAAGAACAACACCAACAGACUUAUUGGUUGGGAUACAACAUGGAGUCCAUACCUUGGCAACGCAAUCAAAGUUAGGAUUAGUUUGAAGGCAGCAAUGGGGGACAAUGCGUAUAAAUGGACUAUGAAUGAAAUUUACUUAUUCAAGGCUACAAUUGCAUAUGCCAUGAGACAGUACUUCCUGGUGAACAAGACUGAAACAGUAGAAUUUCGAUCAAUAGACGUCCAUGUUGGUGGUAUGACACCAAGAAUCUCGUUCUAUUUUGUGGUCACCAUGCCUGGCAACACCACUGAUAUAGUUCCUAGAACUGAGGUGGAAGAAGCAAUCAGAAUGUCUCGAGGUCGUAUCAAUGAAGCCUUUAAACUGGAUGACCAAACUUUGGAAUUUGUUGGUAUUCCUUCAACUCUGGCACCACCUUACGAACCCCCAGUUACUGUAUGGAUUAUAGUAUUUGGAGUUGUUAUCGGUCUUGUAGUAAUUGGUGCUGUUGCUUUGAUCAUCAUGGGGGUGAAAGAUCGGAGAAGGAGGAGAAACGCAGCACAAAAUGACUUAGUCCAAAUGGAUGAAGCCAACACAUCUGGGAAUGAUGGAGAAACAAAUCCAACAUUUUUAAGAGAAGAUACCUCAACCACUUUCUAAAGCAUCCCAUGCAUGUUUCUUAUUGAUCGUCACGUGUCAGCAUCAAUGACAUGAUAACAGGAAGGGCCACAUAAAUGUACAUCUUGCUAAAUAUCAAGUGGAUCUGAGUGCCAGAGAGCUGUAGUAUUCACAUACCUGCAUGUCUAGUACAGAAUAAUAUGUUUUUGCUAAUCACAGUAGGCUUGAAACCCAAAGAAGCAUACUGUCCUAGGGAAAAGUAGGACUGGAAUCAGCCCUCUCUAGGCAGUUAAUAGACACUGCAAAACAGACAGGAAGCCAGCAUCUCUGCAGCAUUGCACAUGUGACAACUCCUGUGUCAAGAGCUGUGCAUGCUUCCUUGCCGUGAAUGCAGCCCAGACAAUUACGCAUGUAGAUUUUCAUCUUCAGUUUAGCAUGCACAAACAGGAGGCUUUGACUAUAUGUGAUAAGAGAGAUUAAUGGCGAGACUGCCCAUCUCUUCUAUUUUUUCAAAAAAGCAGUUGCAAUUCUUGGUCUUUCAACCAAAACUGCAGCAACAGGUGAGUUCUUCCACCAUGGCUUUUUCUGUGAGAACACGAAACUCUCAGAAGCUAUCAUUUGACUCAUUAGGGCAAACAUAUGGAUACCACUUGGAAAAAUGCAAACCGGGGAAAAUAUGUUGAAACAUUUUUCUAACAGCCUGCCAUUUGUUCUGGAACAUUUAGUUUGUGUGCUAACAAUAAGCGCUUAUUUUUUUCAGUCUUCAUUUAAUUUUAUCUACAUGAAAAACCCUGAUGUUUAGAAUAAUUUUAUCCUUUUUUAACACCAAAAUUCAGUAUAAAAUAUCCAGCUUGUUAGCAAGCUUGAGAUAUUAAUGCCCUUUUUAAUCAGUGGAACCAGCCACUGGUUUGAAGCACUUUUAGUGCUGUGUUUCCCUGAAAAUAAGACAGGGUCUUAUAUUAAUUUUUGUUCC